GGAGUUUUACUGGGUGUUUAUGUGGAAUAUUUGCAGGAAUUAGUGGCUACAGGUCCGUUGGAAAGGAAUUGGCGAGGUAUUGGAAUUGCAUUGCUCGUGAUCGCAAUUAUGUGUUCACUUAUUGCUGCAGCCGUUUUUUUGCUUACCCCAUUUAGUAUAGCUGCUUACAAUGCAAAAACGCCAGUAUCAUUAAAGGACAUCUUAAGUAAUGAUUUGUUGAGUCCAAUCGAGAAUUUAUAUUGGAUGAAUGGCGACGAUAUAAUCAUCAAAUCAUCCGAAAAGAUUCGAGUAAUCGAUACCACUCAAGUGCCUCCAACCAGUCGCAUUUAUGCGAACGAAGAAGUUGUGGCAAGGUACGGUAAAGUGAGCACAUGGAGUGUUUCACCGAGUGGCACUUAUAUGGCAUUAUCGUAUGACGACAGAAAGCUGAAACGUUAUCGCCAUUCGCAGUUGGCUCCAUUUAAAGUAGUGAACCGAAAAGAUACACUCUCUGAUAAAAUGUUCGUUUAUCUGAUAAAAUACACAUUCGAAAACGUCGGUCCGAAACGUACGGGUGACGAGUUGAUAUCGUUGUUCAAGUGGAAUCCAAAAUUCGAUGAAUAUGUUUUCGUUCAUGAGAAUGAUCUCUAUUACUGUGACAAUCCCGAAACGAGUCAAGCGGUUCGAUUGACGCUAGACGGCAGCACAACCGUAUACAAUGGUAUCAGUGAUUGGAUUUACGAAGAGGAAAUACUCAGCUCAAAUGCAGCUUUGUGGUGGUCGAAGUCCGGUGAGUACUUAGCGUAUCUUCGUAUAGAUGAUCACCAGAUUCCACAAGUCGAGUUCCCAAUGUUCAAUCACGCCCAAUACCCGACAACCGAGAGCGUUCCGUAUCCAAAAACCGGUUCCGAACAAUUACCUCAAAUAACACUUUUCAUAUGGAGUCGCAGCUUGAGGCAAAGCAAAAAGAUGUACAUUGGUCUGAAUAAACGAAGUUUAAUGACAUAUUUGUAUUCGGCAGCAUGGGUUACAUUGUACAAUAAAGACUAUUUGAUGGCCGUGUUUACGAAUCGAUAUCAAAAUAUAACAUCAAUAACAAUUUGUUCAUUCGAAUCUGGGCAAUGCCAAUUGAAUUACGAUCAGAAAUAUGAAAUCGGUGAACACCAUUUAUGGGCUGAACCAGACGAUACUCGUGUGAAAUUCUCAACCAACGAUGCGUAUUUCGUCAAUUUACCACAUCGUCGACCAAACGGAGAGAUUUUCACUCAAGUGGCCAGAGUUUCUGUACCGCCAACACUUACCGAUGGUCGUGUGACAUUCCUCUCAAUGGGUGAUUACGAUGUCACUUCAAUCAGUGCGUUCAAUCCGGAAAAAAAUCUAUUAUAUUUCGUCGCCGCAGCUCCACUUCCGUCGCAAAGACAUAUCUACGUGACGUCUGCAUCUGCGACAUCUGGUGUAGAUGAGGCAAAAUGUGUCACCUGUGACAUCACCCCAAAUUGUACCUAUCAAGAAGUGACGUUCUCUGAAAAUGCUGAUAAAUAUGUAUUGAAUUGUCAUGGACCCGGAAAGCCGCACGUUUACUUAUCAAGUAUAUCAUCGAACAAUACUAUAUUGAAAGAAUUUGCUGAGAGUAGUGAUCUAGAGCGGAAGUACGAUGAGAAGGCAUGGUCGACUGCACAUUACGAGAAUGUUACACUUCCAAAUGGCUACGUGGCACUGGUGAAAAUGCUUCUUCCACCCGAAUUCAGCAAAGGCGCUUUGGACAGCAAAUAUCCAGUUGUCGUUUCAGUAUACGCAGGACCAGGCUCACAGAAAGUGAACGAUGAAUUUAGUCCGUUCAAUUUUCAUGAAACAUUAGCGUCAACACAGAAAUAUGUUGUUGUUUAUAUCGAUGGUCGUGGUUCAGGAUUCAGGGGCUGGAAGUAUAAAGAACCAAUCUACGGACAUUUGGGCACCGUGGAAAUUGAGGACCAGAUCGAAACGAUAAGGAUUCUAACAGCUAAACAUAAAUUCAUCGACUCGAGACGUAUCGCGAUAUGGGGCUGGUCAUAUGGUGGCUUCACAACUGCCCACGUCAUCGAACGUGACGAUAAACGAACGUUCAAAUGCGCUAUCAGUGUUGCACCAGUAACUAAUUUCAAAUAUUAUGAUGCCACAUAUACGGAACGCUAUAUGGGCGCAGCAGAUGAGCUAGCUUAUGAGAAGACCGAUGUGAUGCGAAAUGUUUCUGCUUUUAAAGAUGUUCAGUUCUUGUUGGUACACGGAAUCGCUGAUGAUAAUGUUCAUUUGCAAAAUUCAGCCGAACUGAUAAGAGCGCUUGCCGAGGAAAAUAUACAGUUUGAUUUGAUGGUAUAUCCAGAUGCGGCUCAUGGACUGUCAUGGGCUCGUGCUCAUCUUUUCACAAUGCUCACCGACUUCUUCAAAAGAUGUUUCAACAGUUCGGACUCGUAA